AUGGCUGAAAUGAGGCCGUUUAGCAGUAGAAGACCUAAGACAUCAAUCAUUCUAACACUUACCACAGAAUAUUAUCCUAGCCUUCGAUGUAGCGCAGGUUAUAGAAGUUACUCUGAUUAUCCCAGGGCGUGCAAAAAUGCGAUAUGCAACGGCCAAAUAACAAAAACUGGAGCUUGCUCUGGCUCAGUGCGGAUCUUAACGAGAAAAGGAGUAUACAAAACUGAGAGCAGUCAAGGUGAAUGUGUCUCACCAGAAAAGUGUACCUGCAAGUCUAAUAACUUCUAUGACGAUGGCCCAGUCUGCAAAGAAUGUCCAGCAAUUCCACAUUGUCAUGAAUCUCAGUGUACAAAGGUUGCAGACAAUAUAUGUGUGUACUGUGAUGGAGAAGUGGAAGACCGGGAAUUCUUCAGAGCCUACACAAGGAAACCCAGCAAUGGGGAACUAUGUGAAAAGGCUUGUUCCUGGAGAUCAGACAGUACACGUUGUUUUCCUGGAAGAUGUGACAAAGAAUUGGCUUCAAACUGUAAAUGCAUUAAAGGCUUUGCUGGUCAUCAUUGUGAGAUAAUGCAAGAUUAUGCCACUAUCUCAUACAGCCUCUGUACUCUACAAAUGGACGACAUUUAUAAGCUAGACAACCCAAAGAACCCGAAUUCUUUAAACUCUACAGAAAUUAUUUGGACCAAGGAAACAUACUGGAAAACAGCAAAGACCAAGUGGGAUGCGUUGUAUGUUCUGCAAGAAUCCAUUGACAAAAAAGAAGAUCAUUAUGUAAAAGACUUUAAAUAUGGCCUCGUACACGCACGUUCCACUUUGCAAUAUAUAUCGGGAACACUUGAUAUAGAAGGAAACGAGACUGACUACAACAUCAUUAAUCUGGAAUACGAAUGUCCAGGACCAAGCAACGAUGAUCCAAUUUCGUCGUCUUUCACAUGUGAAAAUACUUUUCAGCUGGAAAACAUAAUGUCAUUUCAGCACAACGACACGUUGCUUUUUAAAAUACAUGCUUCAAUUGGUGGCCAUGUUAUAAUACUUAACCGAGAGCAAAAAGACAAAGAAGAGCGACAUAACUUUCAGGGAACAACAAAAGAACUUAUUUUUACUUACCGAUGGGACACAGAAUUACCCUAUCACUGUAUACAAGAAAUCAACAAAACAGACUGUCCAGAUUUUUUAACUGUACUAGACCUGACAGAAAAUCCUACCUUUAUGGCAUCUUGGGAUGGAUGGACUGAUGAUCUUGCAGGUCUACACAUAUACGAAUAUGAAGUCUACGAAUUAAUCACUUUACAUUCCACUUUACAAGAAGUGUCUCUUGUAAAAACAGGAAAUAUAUCACAAGUUUAUGAUUCUUUAAACCUUACUCUGAAUAAUCCAGGAAUGUAUGCAAUACAUUUCACGGCUGUCGAUAAAGCAGGAAAUUCAAAGACUUCUAGAAAACUGGUUUUCUUCGAUGACAUAUCCAAAGUUACAUUUAAGAAUGGGAAAGUAAGUAGGGUAGAAACUGCCACUGAAAAUACGCAAUUUACAUGGGUAAUUCAAGACACAAACGGGGUUUUGGUGGCGUGGAAAGAUAGAUUUCGGAAUCAAAGACACGAAAACAACAGGUGGCUGAAUGCAGUUAAGCCCUACAUUAAUAUAGAGGACCUUUACGAUGAUCACACUGGUAAACGAAGCAUCAAGGAGUUGCCAAAUGUACACGGUUGUGUUGAAUUUUUGGUUUCUUUUAACAUCCAGAAUAAAACUGGAAUAAAAAGCUCCAAAAACUUUACCCGCGUACAUGAUUUAGAAGACGAAUCAGAAUUUUUAACUUUGAACUGGACAGAUGGUGAUAAAGCCGACAUAACUGUUCGGGCAGUGGAUAUAUUUGAUAAGUUUUUAGAUGAGACUGUGACCAUUUACCGUGAUGCAACCCCUCCGCACAUAGAACAGUUAUGGUUAACUCGAGGAGAUAGAUUGAAUAUCAGUGUUCACAACAUGGAAGACUUUGCAAAGAUGACGAUUGAGUGGAUUGCAUAUGACUUGCAUAGUGGACUUCAAAGCAUUUCUUGGAGAUUGUUUGACAACUACACGGGAGAGAGUAUUCUUCAUGGUCAUGAUGUUAUACCAGUACAAGGCAUGGCAAAGGACCUAGACGAUUGUAACCAGAAGUAUAUUAACUACAGCAGAGGACCAAACUGCUAUCAGACACCCUUUUUUGGUGCAUAUCACAAGCAUUUCCAAGUGAAGCCAAGCAUUAAGGAACACGGGGGACUUCUAAUCGGCAAAGAUCUCGGUGUUCACGACAGCGAUUAUUACCUGGAAAUCAAUGCCACAAACACAGCGCUUUUAUCGACAGUUUUGACUAAAAAGAUUACAAUUGACACGUCGCCUCCUCACACUGGUUUUGUCCAAGAUGGCAUCAAAGGUUCGGGCGAGAUCGAUUUUCAACAAAGCAAGAUCUUGCACGCAUACUGGGAUGGUUUCUUUGACAGAGAGAGUGGUGUACUGUUUUUUCAAUAUGCAUUUAGUCGUCGGCCAUUACAUUAUUUGGAAUUCAGACUUGAUACAGGGAACACGAUGCCAGUUGAAACCUACUCUCUUCAUGCUACUCACAAUGUAUCUAGCAAAGGAACGUACUAUGCAUGCGUUGUAGCCUAUAAUAGAGCACUGGAACCAUCGAAACCUGUGUGCUCCGAUGGAGUAACCAUAACAACUGCAGUUCCUAAAGUUAGAGAGGUCUACAUCUCAAAUGCCUACAUUCGAGGUGGUUUGAUUACUGACUCCAAUCAGACAUUUUUUUGGGAAGUGAACAACGCAAGAUACCGCCGAAGAAUCAUUGCACCUACAACAGAUUGCAAAAACAAAGCCAGUGUUGUAGCUGGUAUAGAUCUUUUGCCAAUCCUUUAUCGAAAAAAUGGGUCCAUUGAUGAGGUUCAAGGACCUUUGUUCUGCGGAAAUACCUCCAGUGCUGCAGCUACCUUGAACCCAAUACUAGCUAAAGCAUCCCACGUAACCCUUACAUGGUCUGCGGACAACACUAGCGUACAUGAUUAUGAGGUGGGUUUUUCGUCAACUUCUGGAAGUUCUGCUCCUGACAUUAUACCCUUCAGGUCCACCAAACAACACCGGCGUAUCCACUUUAUGCAUACAGACAUACCAGAGGGAACACCAUUCUACAUUGUGAUCAAGUCAAUCAGUAAAGCAAAUGUUGAAGGGUUUCAGUUUAUCGGACCAUGUUACCUAGACACAACAGGUCCGGAAUUUUCACCUCCAAUAAGAGUAACCCACUCACAAGGGCAUUUGGUGGUUACUUGGGAUUCCGCGGCGUUUACGGAUGCUGAAGACCCAUAUCCUCUGCGAUUACAGUUUGCUGUUGGGCAUCAACCAAGAAGUUCUGCGGUUCAGAAAUACUUACCACUAAAUAGUGGUGGACCUUGUAACAUUACCGUACCACCAACAUGUACGUUUAUCAAUAUUUCAACGACUGACUGGGGAUUUCAUGGGAACCAUACCUAUUUUAUUACGGUAAAAGCAGAAAAUGUGGCCGGCCUGACAACGUAUGGAGUGUCCGAACCUUACCUCCAUAAUGUACAACUACCGUCCAAAGGGAUCGUCAUGGAUGUUGUGGAAAACGAACAAGAUGUUUCAAUUGUCGAUAUUGAAGACAUUGACUUUACCCCCCAAACCACAAUCCUCUCUGCUCACUGGACUGGAUUCUUCCAUAACUAUCUUGAUGUUGAUUACUUCUUCCGUGCUGGAACAACUCCCGGAGGAAAUGACAUAUUCCAACAAACCAACGUUGGAAGAAAUUCUUCAUAUACGGCAACAGGAUUAAACCUCAACUAUUUCAAAAAAUACUACAUUACUAUAACAGCAAACACUUCCGCUGGUAGUGUGGAGGUCUCAUCCGAUGGCGUUACCGUUGUCAAGCAAAAUGGAUCCUUGAGCGGGGUUAUUGUUUAUGAUGGAGAACCUUGUAUUAUUUCAGAAGAAAAUGUCUCCUUCACUCACCAUGACGAAGACAACAGAUUGCCGUGUCUUGAGGAUAAUGAUUACCAGUCUUCUACUGAUAUACUCACUGCAUACUGGAAAAUUCCUCAAAAUGUCACACAAUUUACACCAGACUUGUUUGUUAUGUUUGAAGUUAUGUCUUCUUUAAAUAACAAAUGGGAGGUUUUUAGGGAUUAUAUGUAUAUAUUUGGACGUAAAGAGAUAAAGCGCACUAGCAUGUUGCUUAGUCCAGGCAUGAAAUACCGUGCUGUUUUAAAGCUUUGUGCCAGCGAAAUCUGCUAUAAACCCGUGUCCAGUGACGGAAUAAUAGUUCUUGCUAAUCCACCAGUUACUGGGUAUAUCAAAGUAAAGCAUCUCAACUCCUCAGAUGUUAAUAAGGAACAGCUUAAAGUAAAGAUGGACAGAUUUUACGAUCCAGAUAUCAAGAAUUUUAACGGGAGAUACGAUGUGGUGGACAAAUAUGAAUGGGCUAUUACAGAUCAAUCCAAAAUAGGACGGACACAUACACAAUGGAAAAAACUUAAUAAUAUUACGAUUUCAUUGUCUAAAACAGAGAUGACAUUUAUACUUGACUUGGAAGGAAAAUUUGAUUUCUCCAAAUGUCGCGGCCUUGCCAUCCGUGGUUAUAACAAAGCCAAGUUGUAUUCCACUGUUUAUUCGCACAUUAAAGAUUGCGAGGCAUUUGAUCCUGUUUUAAUCAAACCAAACGUGGUCAUAGACGCAGUGGGAAAACCAGACCCUUACAGAGACGGAUAUGGUGAUCCGAUCAUCUUGGAAACGAAUGCUCACUGGCCUUUUCCCGAUCAGGAUUAUACACCAAAUAUGAACUAUAUAUCUGCCGUUUGGCCGAAGCUACGAUAUGAUAUUUACUCCGUAGCAGUGUUGGACGCCAGAAGUCUUGAUGUCACAACAUAUUACUUACCAGCAAAUGCUCUUUCUCUAUCGGAUCCAUGCAGCCAUUCUGAUGCAAUUAAAUGCUCUAGGACAGAAAACGAAUUUAUAAACUUUAAAUUUAAAAGAGGCGAACUCGUUCAUGGACAUCGUUAUAUAAUUUGUAUUCACGCCGAAAAUACAACUAAGAUAUACGAAGAAUGGACAGAGAUACUUCCUGAAAUGAAUAAGUGUAGCGAUGGAGUUGUUCUUGAUCUAACCCCUCCGGUGGCAGGGAAUAUUUGGAUUGGUACAACGCAGGGACAGGAGUACCAGUCUUCGAGUUCUGUUCUGUAUAUCAACUGGGAUUCGUUUCAAGACGUUGAGGACUUUAAGACAAUAUCUCAUUCCUCGGGAAUACAAAACUACAGGCUUGGAAUAGGUACCUCUGCUGGGGGAAAUGAUGUGGUCGCAUUUUUUGAUGUUGGUGUUGUCAACCACAAGGCAAUUCACGGCUUAUCAUUAAUAAACGGGCAAAGCUAUUAUGCAACCCUUUCUGGUAUAGACUUUGCAAACAGAACCACGACCAAGACAUCGCCGCCAAUGAUCGUGGACAUUACUCCACCUAAGAAAUCCGAUGAACCUAUUACUUUAGCCAACAGGCACAUUACUUCCGAUACCGAAAUAUCGGCAUGCUGGAAAAAUGUUUUCCAUGAUCCCGAAAGUGAAAUUUCCUAUUACGAAUGGUCAAUCGGUUCCAAAUCAGGGUAUGAUGACGUCAUGAAAUUCACUCGUACGUACAUGGAUUGCUCUGAAAAUAAUAAAAUCGGUCGCCUUCAGCUCAAGGAGGGACAUGCCUACUUUAUAUCAGUCAAGGCAGUAAAUAAUGCUGGGUUAAUGUCAAUGGCAACGUCUUGGGCAUACACUGUAGAUUUAACACCUCCCACUAUAGGCCAUGUUCUGGACAUCAGUCCUAUGGGAAAAGAAGUGCUUGACAUCGAUUUUCAAACAGAGACCUCCAAAUUGUUCAUUGUAUGGAAGGGAUUCUAUGAUCCGCACUCUUCGAUUAACGAAUACUUAGUCAGUAUCGGAUCAUGUUCUAGGUGUGAGGAUGUAUUGGUCAAGCAAUGUGUUGGAGUUAAAACUGAAUUGCUGGUUGAUAAUGUGCAUCUUGGAGUGGGUAUUACCUAUUACACAACUGUAAUGGCUUGUAACACGGCGAAUCUCUGCAGUGAAGCUAGCUCUGACGGCGUCAUCAUUGACAGCAGCCCUCCAAGUCUUGGUCGUGUUAUAGACGGAACAGACUUACAAGACAUUGAAUAUCAGUCCGCAAGUAAUUUCAUCAGUGCACGUUGGUUGGGGUUCAAUGAUCCUCAGUCAGGGCUAUCACACUUUGUCUGGUGGGUUGGAACGACACCAGGAGGAGAUGAAAUUCUUCUAGAAAGAGAAGGACACCUAACAGAAGUGGCAGUCGCCUUGAAUAUUACUCCACAAUUGCCUGUUGGGAAGCGCCUUUAUAUCUCUGUUAGAGCUUACAAUAAUGCAGGCUUGUAUACAGAAGCAACAUCAAACGGGUUCCAAAUAGAUAAUACUCCUCCUGUAAUAUCCAGAGGUCCAGUAUUUUCUAAAGACUUUGGAGUCAAAGAUAAUACUCAGUUUUAUAGAACUUUGAUGAAAGUCGAAUGGGAUGUUAGUGAUUCUGAAUCUUAUAUAGAAAGACAGUAUAUUUCUCUACGGUCUCAUAUGGGUGGAGAUUUCGAUCUUUCAUCAACACAGAUUAAUGGAAUAGCCAGGGACUUUGUUAUAACAGGAUUAAAUCUGCAUGACGGAGUUACAUAUUUUGUCACCAUUGUAUCAUGUAAUGGAGCCCAAAUCUGUUCGACAAGUAAUUCACCUGGAAUUUUGGUUGACAGUACACCACCAAAUAGAGGUAUGUUUGCCAUUAAAACCGAUCAUGCUGCAGAGCUACAUCGUCACCUGAAUGAUUCUAUGACAUGGACGAAAUAUUCAUUAAACCUAGCUUGGCUUGGAUUUGCUGAUAUUCACUCUGAUGUUAUCUAUUAUUUUAUAAAUGUUGGAUCAUACUAUAUGGGAGCUGAUUUAAACAAUGAGCCAGUACUUUCUGAGAGGGUAAAUCACACUACAACAGGUGCAGAUAGGUUUGAUGAAGGAAAAGUUCAGACUUCUAGAAUAAAAACAGCAAAACUUGGCCCAGAAAUUACACAUGUGUUUGUCAGUAUGUGGGCUGUAAACAAGGUCGGAUUAUCGAGUUCCAUUAUUCAUUCAAAAUUCAGAAAGUUGCCAGACGGCAGUCUGUUUCUCAUAAGAAGAUGCGAAGCUGCAACAUGUAAAGGUCAUUGCGUCUGUGCACCACAAGACCAAGUCUGUCAUCAUAACAAUGAAACGUCCUGCAGCGAUGUUUCUAACAGAAAUACUAACAAUUUACUACAAGUGAUAGAUGUUAUGUCCAGUCAAACGGACAUAGACUAUACACCAAGUAACACACUAUUGCAAGGUCGAUGGAGAAUUGUUCAACGACAAGGAAAAGUGCCCCUCUGGUACGAAUGGAGUGUAGGACUAACACAAAAUAGCGAACCAACUGGAAUAUUUCAUCAAGAAGUUGAUCGGGUUUGGCAAGAUGCUGGACAAAAUAAUUUUAUGAUUUUCUCAACAAAUCCAGGUUUCUUUUUGGAAGAGGACGAAAAAUAUUCAGUUUUUGUUAAGGCGUGGUAUAGUUACACUUCUUUCGCUAUCUUUAAGUCGAAUGGUGUUACUGUUGUUACUGGAACGCCAUCUGUGACCAAUGUGCUUGGAAGUGCCGUAUGUGAAAGGAUGAUGGAUAGCAAGUUUAAAGAUCAAGAUUUCAUCUUAGAUGGUGUUUCUUUCGUGGUUGAUUGGAAAAACAAAUUUGUAGAUGCAGAGCACAUUAUUCGAUCCUUUCAGCUUUAUAUCAGCACGCACCAAGAAGGUCAUGACAUCUGGGAAGGAAGCAAAACAUUACAAAAUACGCAAACAUCAUACCGUGUCAGAAGAAUUUCACUGAUUCCAGGUGUUCAGUACUUCAGUAAUGUGAUUGCUUAUGGAUUAUAUGGGAUCCAUCAUACAGAAGUAUCAGAUGGAUUUAUGGUGGACAACGUGAAGCCAACAGCAGGGACAGUUUUUGAUGGAAUAGGAUUACAUGAUCUUCAAUAUCAAAAUAUGUCAAAUAUUGUCGGCGCGAGGUGGCAUGGUUUUGGGGACACUGGAUCUGGAAUCGUUCAGUAUUACUGGUGUGUUGGCAUUUCUCCUGCUAUCAGCAAUGAACUCUCAGAAACGGAAUGUAAUGUUCUAGAAUGGAACAGAGUUGGAAUGCACACAUACAUCUCAAGAACAUUAUCUCAAAACUUCACAAACGGACAAACCCUAUAUAACAAGGUUUACGCAAUUGAUAAUGUGAAUUCGAAGUCGUCCAUUGCUGUUUCAAAUGGAGUAGUUAUUGACAUUACACCUCCACAACCACAAUAUCUAUUUCAUGAGGAUAAAAUUUUAGCGAAAAAUCCAUCUUUUGAGGUCUCAGAGAAGAACAUCUCUAUAAACGAUAUAAAUCAAACAAACGUUUGUUCUCUUAAUAUAGACUAUCUUCCGCACAACUGGACUCUGACACCUAGCAGCUGUGGAGUUGUCGUAUCUACCAAUAAAAAUUUAGCAAGGAAUGGCAAGUCAUUUCUUUAUGUAAGAGGGAGCAUUACACAAAACAUCAGUCACUUAGUAUCAGGAGAACUUUACCGCGUUAAUUUUUUCAGCAGUCAUUUACUUAUACACGUAUCGAAGAUAUCAAGUAAAGAGGGAUUUAUAAAUAUUGGAAAAACAAAACAUGUAUUUAUGCUCUACAGUAAGGCAUAUCGACAGGACGAACAUGGAAAGUCGAAAAAGAGAGAGAUUGUUUCCUGGCACAGACAUACCUUUUAUUUUGUUGCCCCAGACAAUUGGACUGUUUUGGAGAUAGGAAGUAAUGACAAGACCGGGUUAUUUUUGGAUGAUGUGGCACUACAAAGAGUUGAAAGAAACAAUGUAAACAAAACAGAGGACUUGCAUGUCAAUGCUCACGUGGUGUAUCUUCAUGAAUGGGGUUCCAUACAUGGAUCUUGGAGUUUUAUUGAAGAUAUAAGUACUAUCAAAGAGUACAAAUGGGCUAUUGGUUAUACAAAAGGCGGAACUCAACUACAAGGCUUUAAAAGUGUUGGAAUCAGCAACUUUGCAUACAAUACAAACGUAACUCUUGUUCAUAAAACAUACAUACAUGUAACAGCCGUGGCUUUCAAUACUGCAGGACUGCAAGGAAUUUCUUACUCAAAGCCAGUUAUUGUUGAUUUAACUCCGCCAGUUAUCAGGAGCGUUAAUGAUGGCAGAUUGUUGAAUGUGGACGAAGAUGCAUGGACAGACAAUGAGGUAGCUGUGAACUUUGAAGUCGAGGAUGAGGAAUCUGGAGUCGAUUUUUGUGAAUGGGCAAUAGGAUUCCAACCACAAGGCAUCGAGUUGCAAAGCUUUGUUCAUAUAUCAGAAUCUUUGAGGACAACCUUUACAGACUUUCCUUACUCUAAACUAGCGAACAGAACCUUAUUUUCUACAAUUCGUUGCCACAACCGUGCUGGACUAACAAGUUCCAGGUCCACUAAUGGAGUGAAGAUUUCUAUUCGUCAUCCUUCAAUUCGACAUGCUGAAAUCAAUAUUAUUCCGCUAUCUAAUACAGAGUAUCCAGCCACAAACCACUACCAGAGUGUUACAAACAAUAUCAGGAUUCAGUGGAGCGGAUUCGAGGAUUAUGUUGGCUUGGAACAAUACAAGAUUACCUGUUCCAGUGGCAAAAGUACAAUAGAAGAAAAGAUGUCGUUCCCGAAUGGGCAAGAUAUUUUAAGCAUGAACAUUAUCAACAUGAAUAUGUCAGAGGGUUUUAAGAAUAUUUCAGUCCAAGCUAUAAACAAAGUUCUUCUUAAAAGUAGCAAUGUCCAGUCUAACUUGACCGUUGCAAUUGGCAAACCAAAGAAAGGAAAUAAGGAAAUGAUAGUUAACUGGCAUUCUGGGAAAAAUGAAUUCACAGUUUUCUGGGGAGGGAUUUUCUCCUCUGCUUACCCUCUGUAUUAUGAAGUGUCAGCUGGAACAGUGGAGGGAGGAAGCGACAUUCUACAGUGGCUGGAGACCACAUCCACCAAUGUCACAUUUGGCCUCCCUUUGUCGGUCACAAACUGGGAGGGUCUUCACGCCCACAUUUUUGUUAGGGCCAUUAGCGUGGGAGGAGAAUUUAAUAACAUUAAAGGGUUUAUUAGGCUUCCAAAAUAAGUCACAUGAAUAAUAUAUAUGGGAUUUUAAAUAGAGUAAUAAAAGUGGAUAACUAUCGCCAAAAUACCUUUAUAAAUGAUCAUGUUUUUUUUUCAUAAAUAUCACAUAUCAUCUUUACAUACAAAUUUUCUAGGAAUUAAAAUGAAUCUCUAUCAUUUUUCUAGCAAUGUAAGCCUUAUUUUCCCCAUUUUAUUUCUAUUUCUAAUUUUAAAAGUAUGCUUGGAUGCUAGGAUGUUAUUGUUUUACUGUUUAUCAUCUUUUUGUCAUUGUUUGAUUAUAAUAAUAUUACAAGUUACUAAGUAAAUUGAAGA